CCAGAUAAGGCGUUCGGAAGAGACUGGAAAACACAACACCCGGAUAAAACAUUCAAAGGAAGUAACAUUGAAAAGAAGAGGAUGUUUAAGGGCGUUCAUGAAGAAACAGGUGGCUUUAGAGGUCUGAUGUGCCGUGUUCCCUUUCUCCUGCUCCUCCUGAUGGUGCUUCACGAGGGAGGGAGAGUAAGAGGCGUGCAGGUGAUGGAGUUUCAGAAAGACGGAGUGGCUUCUUGGUGGACAGUGGCUGUGUACAAGAUGAAGCUCGAUCGACACAGAAAGAUGGACUCUGUUACUCUGUGUGGCCGCUUCAAGCUCUUCUUCCUUCGCGCCAGAGGGACGUUUUUUCACUUACAGGAUCUGCCAUCCAACCUGGACUCCCAGCUAAAGGGCGAGUUGUGGCUGGACCGAGUGCGGCUCGUCAUCGCCCACCGGUGGAACUUCCAACCGCUGGAAAAUAAACUUAGAACGUACAGAUGGUACCACAUUUGCUUCACGUACAACCACACUGAGCAUAAGUAUCAAACGUACAUCGACGGGAAGCUGGUGUACGAGAUGGCCUACAACGUUGGGCGGCCCAUCUACGGGGACAACGCACGACUGGGUCAAAGCGAUGGCCUCCUGAAGAGCUACAGUGGUGCCCUCUCUCAGGUGAACGUGUGGGACUACCCGUUGAGCCAAGACGUUGUGGAAGAGAUAGCGGCAUGUAGGGCGGAUCCACAGGGAAACUACAUCGCGUGGGAGGCUGGCUGGACGCUCAACAACAUCACGGACUAUGAUGUGCCUCUCUCCCACUUCUGCAACACCACGGAGGACGCCAUCUACUUCUGGUUUCCGAGCCGGUCCCGAGACUUUGCGUUCUACAUAUGUGAGGCGUUGGGAACACAUCUUCCGUUACCCACAACCAUGGAGGAGGUGAGCUUCUGGUUCAGGCUCUCUGCAAAAACCUGGCCUAAUGAAACUACCUAUUGUAAAGGAGAUUUCUGGACUCCGUUGACAGACAUUGAGGAAGACGGUAAAUGGAUGACUCACUACGAUAAUGCUCCAGGCCCCACCCCGGCCUGGAAGGAUGGAGAGCCAAAUGGUAUCUUUUACGAGAACUGCGCUAAGGUAGAGCGUAUCGGGGUUGCAGAUUUCGACUGCCUCACCAACUUUAAGUGCUCCGUCUGUGAAUUCCAGGAACGGCAGAUUUUCUCGUUCUUAGGAACGUGUGAGCCGGAACUUCGGAACAUCAACUUCAUCGCUUACCAGGAGGCGAUGGGACACUUGCUAUUCAAGGGUUACGGCGAGUACCACAUCCGCGUCGAAGGCAAAGAGUGGGUGUGGGUGAACAUCGUACAGAACAAGACUAUCGCCAGGAUGGACCUAGACGCUCCCAUGGGAAUGCCGAUGGGGCGUCGGGUUUGGCAUCUUGAGUCCAAAGUGUGCGACCAAACGGAGGGACGACGAACCCUCCUACUCACGCCCUGCCACGACAACAGCUACACCUGCGACGACGCCACCUGCAUCCCCCUCGAAAACAGGUGCGACUUCAAGUACGACUGUCUGGACCACAGCGACGAGAUGAACUGUGAACUGAUCAGUAAACCAAGCAACUACAAGCAGGAUCUUCCCCCGAGACCGAGCAGCAAACACGACUCCGAGAGCUUACCGGUGGCUCUCGAAAUCAUCAUCGACACGACGACCAUUGAGACAACGAGGAUGACGAUGAAGUUAACGUACGAGUUGAGGAUGAAGUGGUACGACACCCGCCUCACCUUCCUCAACCUGAAGAGUAACGACAGCCUCAACAAAGUGACCCACAGCAGUAUGGUGACGCUCUGGACGCCAGUCAUCGGAUUCAUCAACACGGAGAGUCACCAACACACAGAGGUCGACUUAGAAGCAUCUCUUCACCUUCAGCAGCUCAGUCCCUCCACCCAGCGGGAUGGGGGAGCCCCAGGGGAGGUGGUGCUGUAUCCAGGUGAGGAUAACCAACUCGUGCUCUCCCGAAAAUAUAAUCACAUGUUCGUGUGUGACUUCAACCUGUUGUUGUACCCGUUUGAUUCUCAACAUUGCGACAUGCAAUUACGAAUGCUCUCUGCCUCAAGCAACUACCUCGUGUUCAAUGACGCGGAGACCUCAGCCGUGUACACCGGUAGUAAGCUCUUGUUGGAGUACCACAUAGGACAACCUUCAUUGCUCUACGACAACAGCGGAGAGUUCAGUGAGGCAAGGGUGCGUAUUCCACUGAUCCGAAGGGCAGGUUACGCCAUCCUCAACAUCUACACGCCCUCCCUUAUUCUGUUAGUGAUCAGCUACGUCAGUCUCUUCUUUAGGCCUCACAUUUUCGAAGUGCGUGUCAUGACGACCCUCACGUCUCUCCUCGUCAUGGCAACGCUUUUCACGCAAGUGUCCUCGUCGCUCCCUAAAACGUCUUACUUCAAAAUGGUGGACGUGUGGUUGCUCUUCUGCAUCGUUAUAAGUUUCCUAAUCAUUAUCUUUCACACCAUCAUCGACAAUUCGCUCGAUGACUCUAUCCCUGGAGUGGUGUCCUCGCCACUGCCUGUGCUGACGAAGGUGAAGCCCUUUACUGAGUCUCCUCCAGCUGCCUCAUCGCCUCUGCCCUUAAGGAACUACAAGAAGGUUAACACCAGCACGCAGGGCUUCAUCCUCAUCGCUAGGUACACCAUCCUGGUUCUCUUUGCCUUGUUCAACCUCAUCUACUGGAGUUAUAUUUUUGGUUAGCUUAGAGAUUGCGAUAAGUCAUUAGUCCGCAUGGUCGGCCGUCCU